UAAGAACUUAAAACCAGGGUUUCCAUGGCGGAAAGUUACAAACCCCAUGCAGUUUGCGUACCAUUCCCAGCACAGGGCCACAUAAACCCCAUGCUCAAGUUAUCCAACCUCCUCCACAGCCGCGGCUUCUUCGUAACCUUCGUCAACACCGACUACAACCACCGCCGCCUCCUCAAGUCCGGCGGCGGCCCGGUCGGAUCGCCGGACUUCCGGUUCGCCACCAUCCCCGACGGACUCCCGCCGUCCGAAUCGGAGGACUCGACUCAGGAUAUCCCUUCUCUCUGCGACUCCACCAGCAAGACUUGCUUGGAGCCGUUCUGCAACCUCCUUACAGAGCUCAACACCUCCGCCAGCGAGGCGGGUGUGCCGCCGGUGAGCUGCAUCGUCGCCGACGGGAUAAUGAGUUUCACACUGAAGGCGGCGGAGGCGCUCCGUCUGCCGGCGGUGGUGUUCUGGACGACCAGCGCGUGUGGAUUUUUGGCGUACACGCAUUACAAGUAUCUCGUCGAGAAAGGUUACAUUCCGCUCAAAGACAUGAAUCAGAUAACCGAUGGGUAUCUGGAGACAACGUUGGACGAAAUCCCAGGAAUGAAACGAAUUCGAUUGAAGGAUUUCCCAUCUUUCAUCCGUACAACAGAUCCAGAAGAUUUUAUGCUCAAUUUCGCCAUACAACAAACCCACGUCUCACACAGAGCCACAGCCAUAAUCUUAAACACUUUCGACGCCCUGGAACAAGACACCCUCCACGCGCUCUCCGCCGCGUACGCCCCACUCCCCAUCUACACAAUCGGCCCACUCAUCAACCACACUACCACCACCCAAGCCGCCGCCAGUCUCUGGAAAGAAGACCACAGCUGCAUCGAAUGGCUCGACGCCCAACACCCCGGCUCGGUGCUGUACGUCAACUUCGGCAGCAUCACGGUGGUGACACGUCAGCAGCUGGCCGAGUUCGCGUGGGGUCUGGCGGACAGCCGCAAACCUUUCCUCUGGUGUGUCAGGCCCGACGCGGUAGAGGGCAGCGGAGCCGCCCUGCCGCCGGAAUUUACGGCAGAGGUUCGCGACAGGGGCGUGGUGGUAGGGUGGGCCCCGCAGGAGCGGGUGCUGAAGCAUCAAUCCAUCGGAGGGUUCUUAACGCACUGCGGAUGGAACUCGACAAUAGAAAGCAUUGCCAAUGGUGGUUUGCCUUUGAUUGGCUGGCCGUUCUUCGCGGAGCAGCAGACCAACUGUAGGUACAGUUGCGUGGAGUGGGGGAUUGGGUUUGAGAUAGAUAACGAUGUCAAGAGGGCUGACGUGGCGGCGGCUGUGAGAGAGUUGAUGGACGGUGAUAAGGUGAAGAAGAUGAAAGAGAGAGCUGUGGAAUUGAAGAGAAAAGCAGAAGAGGCAACUGCACCGGGAGGUUCAUCCUCCGUGAAUUUGGAUAAACUGAUCAAGGAUGUUCUUCUACGUUAA